AUGAUUGAUGGACGAAAAAAUAGAAAAGACUUUACGUCUAUCGUCUCCGAAACGUUCAAAGACUUCGCUGAGAACACCAGCAUCCAUGGUCUGAGGUAUGCCGUCCGCAGAGACAUCGUCAUCUACGAAAAGAUUUUUUGGGUUUUUGUGGUACUGACCGGGCUUGGAGGGGCUGGGUACAUGACGGUGCUCUUCUGGAAUCGAUACACGAGUAACCCCACGAGGACGUCGAUUCUUACGGAUUUUGCACCCAACACUGCGGUGCCCUUCCCGGCGGUUACCAUUUGCAAUAUUAACAGGAUUAUGGCUGACCGUUUGGAGGAGUUUAUGGGAAAGUUGGCUAUGCGCGAAGAGGACGUGGAGAUCGUCCGUCGGGCUUUCCCCCAGCUUCUGGCUUUCGUUGCAAUUGACAGAAAAGUGUACAACAUGUCGGAGUUGAUGGUCUUACACAAGGUUUUGGUCACAAACAAUUACAAUGACAUUGGAGUUGUUAUGAAAAAAAUCUCGCAAUCUUGCAACGAAAUGAUUCGCAAAUGCGAAUGGGAGUUCGAAACGGUACCUUGCGAGAGGCUUUUCCAGGAAACUCUAACCACCGACGGCAAUUGCUGCUCGUUUAAUUACCUUCGAGAAUACAUCAAUGUGUUUCGUUUUUCCGAGCGCCGUCGCCCCGUCUACACCCCCUUCAACGGCUUCAACGCCGGCUUGAAGCUGCUUCUGGAUCCGGAUAUCCAGGCGGUCCAAUACUCGACUCUGCAUUCAUCUGGAUUAAAAGUAAUGGUGCACAGUGCUUGGGAUUAUCCUGGUUCUGGAUCGAUCUAUAAGAUCGUUUCGGCUGGAAGGCAGUCCUAUUUACAAGUUUCAGCAAGUAAGAUCGUUUGCAGUUCCGACUUCGAGAAGCUUUCCAUCCAACAAAGACAGUGCGCUUAUUACGAUGAUGUUAAGCUGAGAUAUUUCAAAUUUUAUUCGGACACGAACUGCUUGACUGAAUGCGAAGCGAAGUAUCUGUACGCGAAAUGCGAAUGCGUCCCUUUUUAUUAUCCUUUCUCGACGAAAAGGAUCUGCAACCUCACGAGCAUACCCUGUCUGCAUGACGCCAUAGGUACAACUUUGGUCAAUAUUACGAAGGCUUGUAACUGUCCAUCCCAAUGUGAAGACGUAUUUUACAACGUUUUGUCGUCUACUGCUUCCCUAGGCCGAGAAGAAGCAGCCCCAACGUCUGAUUUUUUCGAGGACCAAAACGUAACAGACAGCAGUAUUGCCCUUUAUGUUUACUAUCAAGGACAAACACAAACGAUUUUGUAUAAAGACAUCAUCACUUCAACUAUUUAUUUGCUAUCGUCUUUCGGAGGCGUUUACAGCUUGUUUCUGGGCUGUAGCUUCAUCAGUGUUGUUGAAAUCAUCUACUACUUCACUUUCAGAUUACUUGUUAACAUGAAAUUGAUCGGUAGGAUUGAUAAGACGGAUGCACGAGCUCGGAGAGAGGACGCGAGACCAGUUGAGAAGUUGUGGACGCACGACGGCGUUUUCUUAAAUUAAAAAUCACUUUUGCAAGUUUGUAUUUACUUAUUGGGCACUA